AUGUCUGCCGUCAAUAAUAAUAGCAAAUCUUUAACAAAUUCUAGCGCUGGGUCAAACGAUUCAAACUCGAGAGGUCCAAUAAAUAAUAUGAAUGGGCCACCAGUCAACAGCAUAGAAAAGCCUGUAAAUGCCAAUCUCGCAGUUAGGCCCGCAGGCGCGCCGAAACCGCUUAAUAAAUUAAAAGCAGAUAAUAAUCCAUUUUUAAAGAAGCCUGUUCCCGCACAUCUUAUUGGAAAUUUACCGAAGCAUAUGAGAGCGAAGGCUCUGGCAGCUUUACCACCAUCACAACCGAAAGGAAACUUAACACUUAAGAAGGAAUACACGAUUACAUCCUCAACAUUGAAUAAAAUUAAAAAGUUAAAUAUAAUGAGAUUCCAUAGCAGUCAACCAGUGGAUAUAACAAAAUUUACAGUUCCAGUAAAACUUCAAAGACGGGAUCCUGAUGCGCCUCCGCAACAAACGCUGAUAUUGAGUCGUCAGAAUCAGAUUAUUCCAAGUACUUCUAAAGUGACGCAACCAAACUCAACACCAGCACCUACAAGCGGAGCUGAUGCAUCUCUCAUCGCACCAUAUGCUGGUGCAAGGCAUAACAAAAAGAAUCUCUUCAAAAAAAAAACAACACAGAUAUUCUUGGCUGAUGAUAGUCAAAGGAGGCUUAAAGCUGAAGAGAAACUGCCGUGGGUUCUAGAAGAUUAUGAGGGUAUUACAUGGAUUGGUGAAUAUGAAGGUGGUGAUAGCGCAAAGUAUGGCGUUUUUUUACUAAAGGGAGAUAAGCUAGAAUUCGUUCAGAUCCAUCGAUUCUACACUUUCAACCGUAAGCUGAAUUAUAAAACACUUACAAUUGAAGAGGCGGAAGAACAGAUGGCGAAAGCUAAAAAGAGAGAUAAUGACAGAUGGAUGAUGAGAUCGUGGGGUAAAACUAAAAAUGGUGAAGAUUUAGCUGUAGUAGAAGGGGGAAUAUUUGAUCCAAAAUCUACCAUAAAAGUAGUUGAAGGAGAGGAAGAAUUAAUCGGAUCAGAUGAAGAAGCAAGAAUUCCCUCUAGAGAGGAAUAUGAUGAAGAAGAAGUAGAUUUUGAAGAAGUAUUUGAGGAUGAUGAGGAAGAAUUACCUGAUGAUGCAAAUCCCCUUAUUGAUGACGAAACUAAGGAAGUUAGUAAGAUGAAAAGGAAGGUAACGGGCAAGCACACAUAUGAACUCAACGAAUCUGAUGAUGAUGAUGAUAAAUUGACGAACGAGGGAAAGCAACUCAAAAAAUUGCUCAGAACUGCGGAAAAUAACGACGCUUAUGAUAGUGAUCGUGAAGAUAAUCCAUAUUUUUCAGAAAGCGAAGAUUCAGAAUCUGAAGGAUCACCUUCACCUCAAACAAAGCCUACUGUGACGCCAACCGCAAAACUUGACAAAGCCCCAGAAAAAAUAAAAGAGAAGUCAAAGACCCCUUCUAAAUCAAAGGUACCAAAACCUAAAACUACGUCCCCUAAACCAAAACUUCCAGUAAAGAGCAAAGCCACCAUGGGAUUAAAACAAAAUCUUACCGUCACCAAACCUACAAUUGGCGAUAAAGGUAAUAAUACUACGCCUGCAGCGUCUACUAGUAUUCCGUCGAGUAGUGUUUCGACAAUUCCGUCCAAACUUAAAAUGGAGAGACCUAGAAGUCCAAUAAUCGAAGGAUCCAGUGCACAAAAGUCCCAAACAUCUGUUUCUACAAAGAAUUUGGCUCAGAAAUCUAAAGCAUCAAAGGUUACUGUGAUCGAUUCAAAGUCAGGAAUCACUAAAGUAGCAACCAAAAAGGUCGUUGGACCUCCUAAUCAAGCCACGCAACCAAUCCGUACUCGUCCUGCCGAGACUAGUUCUAAAUUGGCAACCGCUACUUCCGCAAAACGAUCGAGAGUUUUGGAUCCAACAGAACAAUCCGCAAUUAAACGCGUUAAAACUGUCGAUACUAAAAUCAAUAAAUCUCGCACAUCUACUGAGAUUGAAUCAAGUAGUAUAACAAAUAGUUCUACUGUAAAACGCCUAAGGGAUGAGCCUGUGGCCAAUAAUUCAACAGCCAGUGCUCCUAUUCAAAAUAUAAAACGAAUACGUCCUUCUGAUUCUAAAACAAGUGCUGAUACUGUCAAGAAAACCAAACCAACUCAAAGCACUUCAAGUUCUAUCGGGGCACCGAGUCGUGCAGCUGUACCAAGCCCUUCUACAAGUGUAGGCAAUGACUCUCGGUUGAUUUCGGAAGGAGAAAUAAGGAAGCUUAUUGAAACUAAACAAGUAAAGGUUGCUGAUGUUAUCAAGGUCUUCAAAAAAAGGAUUAAUGAGGACUCUCGCAACAGAGAUCGUCUCCUUAACAUCACAAAGAAAAUCGCUCAUUAUAAAGAUGGGUACCUUGUUUUAAAACCACAAUAA